AUGGUAUACGACGACAACGCACUUGGCGACAUUGAAAAGGCUACACAUGCCCACUAUGAGAAUUCAACAAACUCUGAUCUUUCUCAGCACCCUGUUGAAAACGAAAUGAAACUCUCACCUGAGCAUUAUGACUACCUUAUGCAACGGCAUGGAACUAUUGAUCUUGACCCAUUACCCUCUGCCGACCCCAAGGACCCACUCAACUGGCCCAACUGGCAAAAAAACUAUGAAAUCUUGAAUAUAGCCUUGAGUACUUUCUCAUCAACAUUUAUGGCUGCUGGUGUCAACUCCGCGUAUGAGCCUUUGGCCGAACUAUACGGCGUGAGCAUGUCUGAUGCUUCAUACUUCACUUCGGUGAUGAUUUGUGUGUUUGGUGUUAUGCCAUUUAUUUGGGUUCCCUUGAUGAACACAUACGGUAGAAAGCCCUUUUUAACCACUGGUGCAUUGUUUUGCUGUGCAUUAAAUAUUGGUAGUGGGUUUGCAAAGACAUAUGGACAACAGAUUGCAAUUAGAGUUCUUAUUGGUGUUUUUAUUGCAACUGCCACCUCAGCAGGUGCUGCCAUCGUUAAUGACUUGGCUUUUGCUCAUGAAAGAGGUAAAAAGAAUGGUUGGUGGAGUUUGGGAUACGUUAUGGGUACUGCAGCUGGAUCAUUCCUUACUGGAUUUAUCCAAUACCAUGUUGGUUCCAAAUGGAUCUUUUUUGUGUUUGCCAUUAUGAACUUUGUGCAAUUCUUGGGGUGGGUUUUCUCCAGGGAAACUGUUUACACGAGAUCUUCACCACAAAAUGAGGCUACUGGGUUGGCUAAAAUGUUGGGCUUUAGAAAAAGCCAUGCAAGAAAGUUUUCAUGGUGGUCCUUUUUGCGUCCUUGGAAGCAGGCCAUGUACCUCGACAUUUCAUUGGCAGUGAUGACUACAGCAGUAAUCUUUGCUUAUGGUAACAUCUUCUUUAGUGUUGAGAUGCCGCAAACCAUGUCUCAUUUGUUUCAUUUGAAUGCACAGCUGAUGUCGUUGCAGUUCCUUUCACUUGUUAUUGGUUGUGGUCUUGGUGAAGUGCUUGCAGGACCACCCUCGGAUUGGUGGAUGCAAAGAAGCAUUAAAAAGAGACACGGCAAAAAAGUGAUUGUUGACCGUCUUUGGCACUCAUACCUUGGGUUUCUCUUGGUGAUUGUUGGAAUCAUUGUGUUUUGUAUCAUGAUGGCACAAGCUACACCAAACCACUGGACAAUCAAGCCUCUUGUUGGAGUGACUAUUGCCGCUGUGGGUAAUCAAAUUGUUACCACUGUGGUUAUCACAUAUGCCAUUGAUAAUAAUCCCAAAGAGGCUGGUGAUGUGGGUAUAUAUUUGGGAUUCUGGAGACAAAUGUUUGGAUUUGUUGGCCCAUUUUAUUUCCCCAAGAUGGUGGCAAACUUGGGAUUUGGAGGAUCUGCUGGGUUGAUGUGUGGAAUAAUUGCUCUUUUCUCAUUAGCGCCAACCGUUUUCUGCCAUGUUCGUGGUGAGAUUAAGCAACGUCGUGAUUAA